CGUAGGAGAAACCAACUGGUUUGUGUCAAGUCGAGGCAGACGGAUGUGAUCGAGCCAAAAAAUCACCUGUAUUCAUGCAUUCAUGGUGACACAUCCAUGGGCUCAGAGCGGCAGGAGAUGCGAAAGAGACAGAUGCAGGUUCAUCAGGAAGCAGCUGCCAGUGUCCUCCAAGCCCGCAACAGAAUGGGAAACACCCCCACCAACGCCUCAAACGCCUGCUGCUUCUGCUGGUGCUGCUGCUGUAGCUGCUCCUGUUUGACUGUUCGAAGUGAAGAUGAGACAGUUCAAAGAUCCACUUUUGAUCGUAGGACCGAGGGAAUAACUAACUGUGAAGAAAGCCCUAAGCCCACUCUGGAAGAUGCCCGCUCCUGGACCAUGUCAUUCGAGAGGGUGAUGAAAAGUGCGGCGGGUCGCGGCAGCUUCAGGCAGUUCCUGCGGACGGAGUUCAGCGAGGAGAACAUGAUGUUCUGGAUCGCGUGUGAGGAACUGAAGAAGGAGACCAACAAGACUGUGGUGGAGGAGAAGGUCCGUCAAAUAUACGAGGACUUCAUCUCCAUCCUUUCCCCUAAAGAGGUGAGUUUGGAUUCUCGCGUCCGGGAGGUGAUCAACCGCAACAUGCUGGAGCCGACCUCGCACACGUUCGACGACGCCCAGCAGCAGAUCUACACGCUGAUGCAGAGAGACUCGUACCCCCGCUUCAUAAACUCCACAGAGUACACGGACCUGCUGAAGAGCCUGGAGGAGCCCCCCCCUGAGCCCUAGACCCUCCACUGCCACACACACACUUAGCUUUUCAAAAUGGCGCAUGCGUCCCCCCCCCCCAACCCCAUACACCCACCCAACCGAAGGAGUUUUGUGUUCUGCUAUUUAAAGAAAGACAGACAGGAAAAUGAACACUUCUUUGUCCGGCUGUAACUGCUGUUUAUUACACAUGAUUAGCUUUUCCAAAACCCUCGGAACAAACAAGGACUAAUGCUCGGUCCGUUACUUGUUUGAGAACAUAUCUAUAUUUUUAUAUAUUCCCUAGCGCUUGUAUUGCACUUUUCUACCUUGUU